AAACGAUCGAAAUACCGCAAAAAUGGUUAUCGGGUUACUCGCCAUCACUGCUAUACCGACUGUCACGGGCGUGGGCAACGCGAUAAGUGCCCAGAAGAAGCAAAAUGCGAGCCUCAGCAAGGAGCAGGAAAAGUUCCACAUGACUUUCAUCAUGGAACACGAAGGAAAGAUGCAAGAGCUUGGCACAGGGGUGGUAAAAGACCAAAAGUUCUACAUCAACCAUCCCGACAAUCCAGUUGAUGGCUACAAGUUUCUGGGUUGGUACUUCAAGUACCCAAGCGAAGAAGGCCAUCUGGGGCUGGUGAGCAUGGUCUCUGACGACCCCCCGGCUCUCAACUGGAUCUAUGUGGACAAGGACACGCACGCUCUCACGUACGGGGGGAGAAAGGACACGGUGGGCCACGUCAUAGGACCCUGGGGCUGGAGCGAGGAUGAUCGAUUCCUGACGCUCGAGGAGGAUCACGAUUCGUUUGUGGCAGUGCGCGAGGAGGGUCCUGAUGGAGAGCAGAGAUGGGCAGUGUAUUGGGACCCCGAGGGUGACAUUGAGGACGAGGUGGACGACGAGGAUAGGUGCCGACCAGUGAGGCUCCGACGGCGGUUGCAGUUUGGCAUGGAGAGCCGCUAUGUCAGAGGCAGUGAAAAAUCAGGCUAAGAGUUACAAAGUGAGAUGAGAUGGCUGGGUGGAGUUUGUGGAGAGUGCGAGGUGGAGGUGAGGUGUGUGCUGUGUGUGGCCACCAUGUGAUGAUGGCCGAGAACUUAUGCACCCUUGCAGUGAGGCAAGACAAGGCAUUGUAAUGUACAUACUGUAUCUGGAUUCGAAUCUCGAUCAUGACCUCAUGGCUGUUCCAAAUCCUGUUAUUCGACCUGGUGGGUUGAACUUAUAUGGCCUCGGUCCUCUUGGGGGGGAGAAGGGUAGAC